AUGAGAUUUCUAUUAGCUAAAUACAGUUACAAAGAGUCGCCAUAUUCACCACAUUCUCAAUAUGAGGUAUUAUUUUUGGCAAUCAGCUUUAUUCUAUGUGUAAUAUUGUCUAAAUUAAGUUAUAUAUAUCAGAAAAGUAAUCAACAAAUAUUUACAUGUACAUAUCCAAGACAUUUAAUAGUAAUGACUCAUGGAUGGGCUGGUACACCUGCUAAUAUGGAUGUUUUAGCAAAUAGAAUAACAAGAAAGAUUAAUUAUUUGAACCAAUCACUGAUAGAUUCAUCUAAUGAAUCUUGCCUACUUAUUCAUAAAGUUCAUUCAAAUUGGGGAUAUUUUAGAAGUAUAUUUAUAACAUCUGAUGGUAUUGAAAAGGGAGCUUAUAGAAUGGCAAAUGAAAUAGUUAGUGUUAUUAAUCAUUAUCCUACACUAAGAAAAAUCUCAUUUGUUGGUCACAGUUUGGGUGGUAUGUAUAAUAGAGCUGUAUUACCACUACUUGCGGAUACAAUAAGGGAUGAAAAAAAUAAGAUAAUUUUAAGAAAUCAUUACUAUUAUGAAGUGCUAAAGAAUAAUAAUUACAAAUAUAAUCAUGAUGAACACUUAAUAGCUGGUUUAAUUCCAAUAAAUUAUAUAACAUUUGGGACUCCACAUAAAGGUGUAUUAAGUGAUUCAUGUACAUUUGGCUUUAACUUUUUACAGGAAAUUCUUCCAUUACAUUGGAUUUUAUUAUUUCCAACAAUAGCUCAACUGUUGUACUUAGAUCACAAAUUGGUCAUUAAUGAUGAUGAUAAAUCACAUAUUUUCACACCUAGUGUUCCAAUACUUUACGAAGGAACAAGAAAAUAUCCCAAUAAUUUAAAGACUAAAGAGCCAUUACUACAAAUUAUGACUAGUAAUUUUGAUUUAAUUGAUCCAUUAUCUUGGUUUAAGCAUAGACAUGCUAUUGGAUCUAUAAAAGGUGAUUUGUUAGUACCACCCACUUCUGCAUCUUUAAUUCCUCUUUGCUUAUAUAAGAAUAGCCAGCAGUUAUUUUUAAAUUUUAACCAGAUUAAUAAAUCAGAUUUGAUACAUUAUAAUAUAAGUAGCAUCCAUCUUAAUAUGAAUAAAGGUAAAUCAGUUAUAAAUUGGAUUACAAUACAACAAUCAAGAGUAAAUAAUUUGGACAUAUACAGAGAUAAUAGAAAUACUGAGAUUGACAAUAAUUUAGAUACAUUAAAUUAUUUUUCUUUAGAUACACUAAAUUGGACUAAGACUUCAGUUCUAUUUAAUAGCAGAUUUCACCAAUUUUUUUCUCAUCAAUUAAUGAUGUUUUGUUUUGAAAAUUGGGGACACUUUUUACUUGGAAAUAAUUUUCAGUUGGUAGACCACAUCAUUAAUAAUAUGAAGGAUAUAUAA